GUUUUUGACAUUUAAAUAAACGCGGGUCGGUCUCACUCACACGAACUUUAUAACCUCAAAAAAAAUCAAAUCAAAUGUAAACAUUUCAUAUAUUAUUUCAAAUCCACUUUAAUUUUUUCAUUUAUUUGCUGAGAAUAAGUUUCGUAACGUGUCAAUUAUGAGUUCAUCCUUAGAAGCACAACAGUUACCCACUCCCACCCGCAAGAAAGCACUGGAUUUUUUUAAACUCUACCCAACUGAUCAGGAAACUUCUAAAGUACUCGAAAAAUCCAAAAAAGGAAGAAUUUCAGAUGCAGAAAACGUCUCUAAUAAACUGAAUAAACCGGAAACUCCUAAACCAGGGAAACUUGGAGGGAAAAAGAACAAAAAAGAUUCACUUAAUCUUUCUAACAUGAACACAACUCUGAAUAUUAGCAGAGACGCCAGGCUCACGUCCACUCCGUACGGGAAAGAUGCUAAGUUGAGUGUGAAGCCCAUUAUCAAACAUUCUGCGACACUCAAUGAGAGCAACGAAGAGUCUAUUAGCAUGGACCACUCUGAAAUUAUCAGCAAGAAGCGGCACAAGUCAGUCAGCUUUCAAUUAGAUGAAGCAGAUGAAACUGCCACUAAGAAAUCCAAGUCAAACGCUGAGCCCUCUGAAAAAAGCUUAAAGAAGGGAAAAUAUAAAAUAAAAAAGCAGAGGAAAGUCGAGAAGGAAUCUAAUGAAGCAAUGGAAACUGCUGAUCCAUCAGAUGACAAACUAGAAAUGGACACACAUGAGAAAGAAAAUAAACCGACCUCAAAGAAAUCUAAACAAGUAAAAGUGAACAUGGAGAACACCAUACUGAACGACAGCAUCGAGCAGUCCAAGAAAAAGUUUAAGAAAAACAAACAGAUAAAAAUGGAAAAUGCACAAAUUGAGAAUGAUAACAAUAACAAUGAUAAUAAUGAGAAGGUGAAGAAUAAAAAAACUAAAAAGAAUAAAAAAGCACCUAAACAAAGUAAUGAAAAUGCUAAAGAGGAAGGGAAAAAUACUACUGCGGAACCGCAGGGUAAAAACACGAAAAAAAACAUCAAACCUGAAGUGAUUGCCGAGGACCUUGAAAACUUGAGCAUUGCCGACAAUGACAAGGCAGACAUCAUCACCGACAUGCUGGAUGACAUGACCGUUGUUGAUAAAUCUGCCAAGAAAAAAUCUAAAGGAAAAGCCAAACUGGGUAAAAAUAAAAAGGAUAAAAUCAACAAUGAAGAAGUUAUCAAAGAGGGGGAAGAAGUAAAAGAGAAAGAGAAAGUGGCAUGGAAAAAGCGCAGGUGGAACAAGGAUAAGAAAGCUGUGGUUGGUAUCUCUUUGCAGACCUCUGUCAUAGUUGAGAACCUUCCCGCCAAGAUCUUACAGGAAUACCGGAAACUGUUGACUGAACACUUUACUAAAUGUGGGACUGUAAAAAGUAUUGGUGUUGCAGAAACACAUCCUGAAGACAAGUCAGUGUUCAGCACCACAGUCAACUUCAGCACCGAAGAGGCAGCCACUCUAGCACUCCAAGAAACAGACACUUACCUCCACGACAGCGUGAUCCGUGUGAAGCGGCCGCUGCCCCCCACCAAGACCACGCUGGUGGCGCGCUCGUACGGCGCGCUCACCGAGGCGGCUCUGACGCAGCUGUUCCAGGAAGCUGGGAGGAUCCGAGGGAUGAGGUUCUUGAUCAAGGGGAAGAAGGCUAUGUCCACUGCGUUCAUCGAGUUCGAGGGUCCCCGCGCGGUGGAACGCGCCAUCGAGAUCGCCAAGGAAGCCAAGAUCGGCGGCAAGAACAUGCACGUGUCGCGCUUCGAGCAGAGACAGAGCCACAAACCUGACGCGGGAGCGAAAGAGACAGAUAGUAAAGAACCCAUGAGCACUUAAAUCUGUAACCAUAGAUUAUUUUUCUCUGUUGCGAUUGAUAAAUGGUGGAUCACUUUGUAUAGAGAAAUGCAGGAUACAUUUUCAUAUAAAUUGGUCCACUUGUAUUUUAGAAUUUGAAACUUGUUAGAGAGGGAUUGUAUGAAAUAAGAAUUUUGCAUGAUAUGAUAGGGAAAGAUUUUAUAAGAACUUGUUACUUAAUUGUGAUAAAUGUUGAAACCUGUUAUAUAAAAAGAUGCACUGAAUAAAUCUGUUUGAUAUCUUUAAA